UAUCAAUGCGUCUGUACUUUCCCUGCUUGCUAAUGUAUUACUUUAACGUUGUUUCGAAACAUCCAUUACAUCUCAGCUCCUUUGUAAUGUUCCUAUAAUUCAUGCAGGCAGGCAGGCCCUAAGAAUUAAGGUUGAGUUGGGCUGCUGCCCUCUGCCGUUUGCCGCUGGCACUUGCGCAAAUCAAAUCCAUCGCGGGGCACUCCCGUGUGUAACACCAUGAUAAAAAUGAUUUUAAUCGAAAUGACUUAAAUCCGAUAACUUAAAUUUACACUCUAUAUCUGCUUCAGUUAACAGUCAAAUUAAUAUACUCUCUCUAAUUCGACUCACAACUCAGAGUCACCACCGCCAAAAACAAUCAACAAAACUACAGUCAGCAGCGAAAAAGAAAAACCAUGGCAGCAGAACAAGAAGCCCCGCACGACCCCCCCCUCCCACCGAUCCUGACGUACCCCUCGUCAACCCCGCCGACCCUCAUCACCCAAGGCGCCGAAGCGCGUCUCUACAAAACGACAUACCUCCUCCCCUCUCUACCAUGCGCGCUGAAAUACCGUCCGCCGAAGGCCUGGCGUCACCCCAUUCUCGAUGCACGACUGACGCGCCAUCGUAUAUUGGCUGAGGCUAGGGUGUUGGCGCGGUGUCGAAGGGAUGAUGUACCAGUGCCUGCUGUAUACGCCGUGGAUGAGAGCGCGGGGUGGCUUGCUAUGGAGUGGGUUGGGGGCGUUCCGGUUAGAGUUGCGAUUAAUGAGUGGUUAGCACGACGGCGGCGGGGGGAGUUGGAAGAGAAUGAAAAUAAAGAGGGAGAGGUUGAGGGAGAUGCACCGCCUGUUACUGGGGAUAAGGAGGAGGAUAAAGAUCUUAUUGCGCUGAUGCGUAGGAUAGGCGCUGCGGUGGGACGCAUGCAUAAGACGGGUAUUGUACAUGGGGAUUUGACGACGAGUAAUAUGAUGUUACGGCCGUGGGAAAAGGGUAGUGCGCCGUCGAAUGGGCAUGCGGGUUCUGGUGAUGGGUUGCUGGAUGGGGAUAUUGUGAUUAUCGACUUUGGUCUCGCGAGCCAGAGUACGUCGGAUGAGGAUCGCGCGGUUGAUUUAUAUGUCCUGGAGAGAGCAUUUGCGAGUACGCACUCGCGCGCGGAGAAGUUGUUCUCGGCUACAUUAGAGAGCUCGUAUAGGGAGGCAUUUAAACAGGCGAAUAUCGUCCUGAAGAAGCUCGAGGAGGUUAGGAUGCGAGGGCGCAAGAGAAGUAUGAUAGGAUAGAGCUACGAAGAUCUAUUCAUAAAAAUAAUACCAAGACAAGUCAAAUCUGAAAUGUUCUCAAACGACUAUGCGCUGAAAUUUGCUUAGCUAUGUGUAU